CGUUUCUUGGGACAUAAAACGUGAGCUCCACACCGCACCACGGUCAGUAGUUUGAUUUGGCCCGGUGGAACAACAUUUCGUGGGUUGCGCUUCAGUUCGAAUAGGUUUCCCCUAAAUAAUAUUCCCCCUAUUUCUAUUCAAACCUUGCAUACACCUUUCAAUACAUACGUAGGUAUACGCAUCUUGAUCAGGAAUAAUGAGACCCUUGUCAAGACUAGCCCUGCGAUCCUUCGGGAGUAAGGGAACCCCGAGGCAAAAUAGCCAUCAUCGUGCUCAUCAGAUCCAGAGUUCGAGGAGUAUAAGUUCUCAGGAGGUUUUUGACCGAGAAUCAAAAUAUGGAGCACACAAUUACCACCCUCUACCUGUAGCUCUUCAUAAAGCUGAGGGUGCGUGUAUGUGGGAUGUCGAAGGAAAACGUUACUACGAUUUCCUCAGCGCUUAUUCAGCGGUGAAUCAAGGCCAUUGUCACCCAAGGAUUUACAAGGCCAUGAUCGACCAGGCGAAGACCCUGACUUUGACAUCCCGGGCUUUUUAUUCCGAUGUACUGGGAGAAUUCGAAGAGUACCUAACGAAACUUUUCGGGUACGACAAAUGGUUGCCGAUGAAUACAGGAGUGGAGGGCGGUGAGACGGCCUGUAAGUUGGCGCGCAGGUGGGGUUACUCGUCCAAAAAGAUCCCCGAAAAUUCGGCAAAGAUCAUUUUCGCCGAAGGGAAUUUUUGGGGUAGGACUAUGAGCGCGAUCUCCUCUAGUACAGACCCAGUUAGCUACUCUGGGUUCGGUCCCUUCAUGCCAGGUUUUGAAGUAAUCCCCUACGACGAUCUCAAAGCCCUAGACAAAGCCCUUGCGGAUCCAAACGUGUGCGCUUUCAUGGUCGAACCGAUUCAGGGCGAAGCGGGGGUCGUCGUACCUAAAGACGGCUAUCUGAGGGGAGUGAGGGAGCUUUGUACGAAACACAACGUCCUGUGGAUCGCAGAUGAGGUUCAAACUGGGCUGGCUAGAACGGGGAAGCGUUUGGCGGUGGACCACGAAGGCGUAAGGCCGGAUAUAGUUAUCCUGGGUAAAGCGUUAUCCGGAGGAUUUUACCCUGUAUCAGGAGUCCUGUCCGACGAUCGCGUGAUGCUUCUUAUAAAACCAGGAGAGCACGGCUCGACAUACGGCGGUAAUCCUUUGGGUGCGAGGAUCGGGUUAGCGGCAUUGAAAGUACUGGAGGAAGAGAAACUCGCGGAAAGAGCAGAGAAACUUGGAAAUAUCCUUAGGGAUGAGCUGCGUAAGCUACCGAACGAUAUCGUCACAUUGGUACGAGGAAAGGGGUUGCUCAACGCUAUUGUGAUAGACAAAAACAUUGACGCCAUGGAUAUUUGUAUGAAAUUCCGGGACGAAGGACUCUUGGCGAAACCUACACAUGGUCACAUAAUUAGACUCGCCCCACCGCUAGUCAUAUCCGAGGAACAGCUGAUGGAGUCAGUGGAAAUUAUGUCAAAAGUGAUAUCGAGUUAUCGGAAAUGAAUCCGAAUUUACAUCCGGAAUGACUGAUUCGAAUUGUAUCUUAACUAAAAGUUUAUGGUCCAUUAUUUCUUGUCAAUAAAACACCUAAUAUUCUCUUA